AUGACCAACACGGUUGGUCUCGUCGACAAUUACAAAAUGCGCGAUAUCCAGCUAGGAAUUCGCAAUCCAGAUCUCUUCACCCCUGAGUUUCCCAACUUCAUGAGUCGGUUCAGUCUUCAAGCAUCGAACGCCUUCGACAAUGCCGAUCUAGAUGUCUCCUAUCAUCACCACACCGACUAA